AUGCUGCGACAGGCUGAGUCCACGACCGGCCUUGCUCCAUGGGAAAUCGAAGAGGAGACCGAGGACGAGCGACAAGCGCGUUACGCGCGCGAGGCAGAUGAGAUGAAGCUCAAAUGGGACGCAAGGCCAGGAGCGUUUGGAGGAGAAGCACUCGGCGCAAAGGCGCCAGGCUUGGUCGCAGAAAGAGCAGGAGCGAGCCGGGAGCUCGGGGCCUCCCUCUACGGGCCGCGGGAUCCGAUCAUGGAGGCCUACGAGGCUCGGAUGUACGAGGAGGCCCGAGUCAUCGAGAUUAGACGGCGGCAGCGGGAGGUCUACGAGCGCAUCAAGGUGCUCUUCCAAAGAAGGGUCUGGGUUCCUGUCCUGCAAUUUGUACCUCAAGAAGCAUGCCCCUUGUGA